AUCAAUUAAUUAAAACCAUACUCUCCAUUUCUCUGGUUUCUUCGCUUCGUUAAAAUCUUUUAUCGAAUGAAGAGUUACCAGUAAACCUGAGUGGGAAGAUGGCAUGGACUUGGCUCAUUUUCUUCUUCUCUUCGCUUGUGGUUUCUGCAACCGCUUCUCACUGUUCAAUCCAGGGCCUGCCACUUGUGAGGAAUAUAAGUGAAAUUCCACAGGAUAACUAUGGAAGACAAGGCCUGUCCCAUAUAACUGUUGCAGGUUCAGUCUUACAUGGGAUGAAAGAGGUUGAAGUAUGGCUUCAAACAUUUUCUCCUGGGUCACACACACCUAUCCAUAGGCACUCCUGUGAAGAAGUUUUUGUUGUCCUAAAGGGAAGUGGUAAUCUCUAUCUUGCCUCAAGUUCUCACUUGAAGUACCCUGGGACCCCGCAGGAGUAUUCCAUUUUUGCAAAUAGCACAUUUCAUAUCCCUGUGAAUGAUGCUCACCAGGUGUGGAAUACUAAUGAACACGAGGAUUUGCAAAUGCUUGUCAUAAUAUCUCGUCCUCCCGUCAAAGUGUUCAUAUAUGAUGACUGGUUCAUGCCUCACACUGCUGCCAAGUUGAAGUUCCCUUACUAUUGGGAUGAACAAUGCCUGAAACACGAAGCACCUCCAAAAGAUGAGCUCUAACCUUUACAACUUCUUCAUAUCUUGUACUGUGCAAAAUCUCUGACCUCUGAUGUGGAUAUUGCAUGCUUGAUGUAAGACCUACAUUCGCUACUUUUACUUUGAGUAUAGAAAUUGAAUGGGAGAAAAGCCUAUGAACUACCCAAGUGUUUUCUUUUCCA